CAUUUGACCUCUCAAUCAUAUCAUAGAACCGUUGUCAGCUGCAGAGAGAAAUUAGCAAGGAAGAAAAGAAUUAAUGGCGAGAACUCCUUACACUGACAAGAAUGGUCUGAAGAAGGGCACUUGGACUGCAGAAGAAGACAUGCGGCUUGCUGCCUACGUCGCCGCCCACGGCUGCCGGAACUGGCGCCGAUUGCCCAAAUACGCUGGUUUGGCAAGAUGCGGGAAGAGUUGCCGGUUGCGGUGGCUGAACUAUCUGAGGCCAGAUAUUAAGAGAGGGAACUUCACUAAGGAAGAGGAAGCUGCCAUCGUUGCUCUGCAUGAUUCACUGGGGAACAAAUGGUCGAUAAUUGCAACCCAUUUGCCAGGGCGGACCGACAACGAGAUCAAGAACUACUGGAACACUCACGUGACCAAGAAAUCUCAACCUAAACCCGCCACCACUACAGACGCUGCACAGCCAAUUGUUUGCAGCAGCAGCAGCAACGUCGACGCCGUUUCUCAUCAACAGCAAUUAUCAGAGAUUAUUAGUACAUCAAUUGGCCAUGAGAGUUAUCAUGAUAAUAUAAGUAGGCAUGAAAUUACCGACGUUGAGGUUGUCUCGACGCCACAGAUCAAUGAUCAUCAGUACUGCUUGUCCCUGCCUCAGAUGUCCGCCGAGAGCAGCUCCUCUCUUUCACCAACAGCUGGUACUGACAGCCCGAAUGCGAACAGUGGCAGUUCGGUUUUGAUGAUGAAUGACUUUCACCAGUGUGAUUUUGGUGGCGAUUUCUGGUCGCAGCCAUGCCAGCUGGUUGAUGCUGCUGAUGACUAUACACAGCGGGAGAUUUACAGUACUACUACUAUAGACGAUGAUCAGUAUUUCGGGUUGCACAACGAUUACAUGCUCUGGCUACAUUACGGCUUGCACAAUGAGGUGGUGCAAGGGAUCGUAUGAAAACCGGUGCCAGUUCGUUCAGAUUUAUGUAGUAGUCCAGGGCUCGUGUGAAGGUUUUUGGUUACUUGAGUUCAUAGUUGAUGUACAAUAAUCCCUUCCAUGGAAUCAAUUAAUUGCAUGUGAUCCAAUGUGCUUGAAGUACCCACGGUUGCUGUACUAGUAGUACUGUUGCAUGUGUUAAAAAAAAAACCCAUGAUGUAUGUUUAAGUAUGGUGUUGAACGUCGUUGGUUGAUGCAUGGUUCAUUAGAAACCAAUGAGAGAUCGACCUCUAAUUUUCUUUGAUGUGUGUAAAUAAGAGGUUGAGAUAUGG